CCGAGGCCUGGGCAGCAGCUUGAGCCCGUCCAGUGCAACGUGUGACAUGGUGCCCGGUUCCCUCCACAGGGGCUCCUCCAGGAUAGAAGAAGCAUGCGACAUCUAUGCCCGUGCAGCCAAUAUGUUCAAAAUGGCCAAGAACUGGAGCGCCGCUGGGAAUGCCUUCUGCCAGGCCGCCCAGCUCCACCUGCAGCUGCAGAGCAAGCACGACGCGGCUGCCAACUUCGUGGACGCUGGCAACGCCUUCAAGAAGGCUGACCCCCAAGAGGCCAUUAACUGCCUGAUCAGAGCCAUUGAGAUCUACACGGACAUGGGCCGGUUCACCAUUGCCGCCAAGCACCACAUAACCAUCGCAGAGAUCUACGAGACAGAGCUGGUGGACAUCGAGAAGGCCAUCGCACACUAUGAGCAGGCUGCCGACUAUUACAAGGGGGAGGAAUCCAACAGCUCUGCUAACAAGUGUCUGCUGAAGGUGGCCACGUACGCGGCACAGCUGGAGCAGUAUCAGAAAGCCAUUGAAAUCUAUGAGCAGGUGGGCACCAGUGCGAUGGACAGCCCCCUGCUGAAAUACAGCGCCAAGGACUACUUCUUCAAGGCUGCCCUCUGCCACUUCUGCAUCGACAUGCUCAAUGCCAAGUUGGCCCUGCAGAAGUAUGAGGAGAUGUUCCCGGCCUUCUCGGACUCUCGGGAGUGCAAGCUGGUCAAAAAGCUGCUGGACGCCCAUGAAGAACAGAGCAUCGACAAUUACACCGACGCGGUAAAGGAGUACGACUCCAUCUCGCGGCUGGACCAGUGGCUCACGACCAUGCUGCUUCGCGUUAAGAAGACCAUCCAGGGCGAGGAGGAGGACCUGCGCUAGGCCCCAGCCCUCCACAGCAGAGCUGUGCACGGACGGGGAG